UAGGCUCAGACAAUCCAUAUUUACGAGGAAUCUCCCAUACCUUUUGAGUUUUGAUGAGUCUACUGAAAAGAAUGCCGGAGCUCAUCAACAAUGAAAUCCUUUCCUUUCUACUCCUCCCUGUUUUCCUCAUCCUCUUGUACAGGUGGUCUUGUUCUACUUCCGGAACAAGAAACCCACCGCCUUCUCCAUCAAAGCUCCCCAUCAUCGGAAACCUUCACCAACUAGGCUCACUUUCAACUCCACCCCAUCGCGCAUUUCAAGCCUUAUCUAAGGUCUAUGGCCCUCUCAUGCUCCUCCACUUCCGAAGCUCCCCCGUUCUUGUCGUCUCGUCGGCCGAGGGUGCCCGGGAGAUCAUGAAAACUCACGACCUCGCAUUUUCCAGCAGACCUAAGACCACCGCCUUCGAGAAGCUUCUUUACAACUGUAAAGACGUGGCCGUGGCACCUUACGGUGACUACUGGAGGCAGGUGAAGAGCAUCUGCGUGCUACAUCUCUUGAGCGCCAAGAAGGUCAGGUCCUUUCGCACCCUGAGAGAAGACGAGACGAGAUCUAUGAUCAGAAACAUAAAGGAAACUUCACAAAGGGGAGAAGUUGUGGACGUGAGGAAGAUGGUUAUGGGUCUUACGAACGAUGUCGUCUCGAGGGCGGCUCUGGGGAAGAAGUACUACAAUGAUGGAGACUUUAAGGAGCUCACCACCGAAUUUACUGAGUUGGCGGGAAGUAUUCAUCUUGGAGACUAUAUUCCAUGGCUGGGUUGGUUGAGCCGUCUUGCGGGUUUGGACGCCAAACUAGACAGUCUGGCUAAACGGUACGAUGCAUUCAUGGACUCGGUACUUCAAGAGCAUAUUGAUAAAAGUUGGGACACCAGCAACGAAAAUGAUCAAGGCUCUGAUGAUGAUCAGAACGAGGAUAACAGAGAUUUUGUGGAUGUUUUACUUGAAAUUCAGCGGGAAAACUUGCUUCAAUUUCCUCUUGACAGAACUAGCAUAAAAGCUGUCGUCCAGGAUAUGUUCCUUGCUGGGACGGAUACCACAUCUACACUUCUAGAGUGGGAAAUGGCAGAGGUUCUGAAGCACCCAAGGGUCAUGAGCAAAUUGCAGAAAGAAUUGAGGGCUGUUAAAAAAGGAGAAGAAGAAAUAUUAACGGAGGAUGACUUGGUUGACAUGCACUACUUGAAGACAGUGAUUAAGGAGGCUCUUCGUUUACAUCCAUCAUUUACACUAUUAUUGCCUAAGAUGUCGAUCCAAGAUGUGAAAAUAAAAGGUUACGACAUUAAGGCCAACACACAAGUCUUAGUGAAUGUCUGGCAGAUCGGAAGAGAUCCGAAAUCUUUCAAUCACAAACCAGAAGAGUUUGAGCCGGAGAGGUUUUUGGGAGUAAAUAGUGGUCUCAGUUACAAAGGAACUGACUUCGAGUAUCUUCCGUUCGGAGCUGGCAGGAGGCUAUGUCCCGGGAUUCAGUUUGCUACGACUGUCAAUGAGAUUGGUCUUGCAAAUUUGCUGCACAAGUUUGAUUGGACAUUGCCUGGUGGAGUAAGAAAUGAGGAUUUAGACAUGAGUGAAUCGUCUGGUUUAACAAUUCAUAAGAAGUACCCACUCAAAGCCAUGGCUAUUCCACAUUCAUCAGCUUAACCGUAAGAAGAGUAACUAGCUAGCUAUACCUUGUUCUCUCUAUGU